UAGAAAGGAUGCGUCCUUACCUGUGUGAUAAAAUCAUAGCUGAGAGACACUUUGAUUACCUACGUUCAAAGAAAAUACUCACUAGAGAGGACACAGAAGAAAUUUCUUCUCGAUCUUCCAGUAGGAAAAAAACUGGGAAGUUAUUGGACUACUUAGCAGAAAACCCAAAGGGACUAGACGCUUUGAUUGAAUCUAUCAGAAGAGAAAGAACACAAAACUUCCUGUUACAAAAGAUAACUGAUGUAGUGUUGAAAGUAAAAAAUGAAAAACUUGAAGCUCUCAAAGGUCUAAGCUGCAGCACCUGUAUGACCUCACUGUAUGGAGGAACAAAUGAUCUUUCUAGAUCAUAUUCUGAUGAAUCUAAUUUUUUUGAUAAAACAAAAGACAAAGAAUCUACCCAGAUACAUCAUCCAGAAGAAGAUUAUAGCACCGCCGCAUUUGUGUCUGCUGUCUCUCUUCACUCAAUGAAUUUACCAAUUGCAGAGAUGGGAAAUGCAGAGAGUGCUGUUUUCUCAGCCACCCUUCCAGGGCCUGGAGACCCUGGUGCACCCCCACUCCCCCCAGAGCUCCAAUCAGAGCAGCAAGAACCAAGUACUAGUUCAAGUGACAAUUGCUUUUUGCCUUUAAGAUCACGUUCUCUUCAACCACAGUGAAAGUAGUGACUUUUGUCUGUUCAUCCAAAUGGUACUGAAACUUUGUGUGAUGCCUUAUAAAGGUUAAAAAAAUGUUUUCAAACUGUUAACUAGCAAAAUCAGAGGAAACAAUCUAUGCUAUUUACUGUUUUUUAAGAAGUAAAUUUUUUUGUAAUUGGGUGACUCUGGAGCUGCUUGUUUUCAUGUUCUUUAGGGAGCUUUUUUCAAGAGAUCAUGGUGUUAUA